GCAUCGCUCCUGGAUUCUCUGCAUACGCAGGGCUCCGGGUAAAGACUCUCCUGGAUACCGAUUCCAAGCUCGCUGCGUCAAUAACGCCUCCUGACUCUGCCUCCGCGCCCGUGUUCUGCACUUGGGUUCGCCCACCGCCACGCUCGUGCAACAUAUUCCUUGUGUGUGCUUUCAGAGGGAGGGAGAGCUCUUAAAACAGGGGUAGACAUUCCUUGUAUUCAGAGUGAGCCCUGACCCAAACCCUCACUCGCCGUCUUUGACUGGCUGUGUCCGGCGGGAAAGCCCGUCAGCUGGAGGCUGAAUUGGCCAGGAAUCUGUUAGCCCCUGUUCUUGCCUCAACUUGAAACAUUUUUUGUUAUUUUAAAACAGAUUUUAUUCAUGAUGGUAAAUUAUUUACGAGAAUUAUUUUCAUUCUCAAAUUCUCAGUCAAGGUUUUCGGUACUGUUGUAUUAGUUUUCGUAAAAACAACCGGGUUAUUGCCCCUCCUUGGUCUCCUGGGGUGGUUCACGACUAUAAUAAUCGAGGGGCUUACUCACCCAACCCGGCCACUCCUUCUGCAGUUGCGGAAGAACAUGUAUCGUGGUGUUUUCCCACCGAGUCCUUGCAGUGGCGACACGACUUUCUCCGGCCUGGAAUGUGCCAGUUGGCAGCAUUUCCUGACGGAUGUCUCCACCCUCUAUUUUAUCCGAUAUAAAGAAGCAGAGACAUCUCCACACACCGUCUUCUUCACCUCAGUGUCGAGAUGUCUGUUAGUUACCACGUUACCGUAUAUACUGGGGACUUGCCCCUCGCAGGCACAACGGAUGAAAUUUCCCUAUCUUUAGUGGGGUCGCUUCGGAGCUCGGAAACAUUUCGUUUCUCGAGCCUGACUCUGUUUAAAAGAGGGGGCAGUAAAAGCCUGGAGGUGAAAACACAGUCCGACCUCGGCGACAUUCUGCUGGUGAAGCUGUUCAAAGAGAAACGCUUUCCGCUUUGCGAGGACAGCUGGUAUUGUAGUCACAUCACGGUGCAAACUCUAACCAACAUCUCCUCUUUCCCAUGCUACAUCUGGCUGAGUGGUGUUGACUCCCUGGAUGUCUUGGAAGGAACUGCCAGGAAAUGACAUGAGUCUGGUUCAGCCAUCCUGGAGGAAUAUCGGAAAAAGGAAAUGCAGAAGAGACAAGACAUGUGGAGAACUUUUGCACCAGGAAUUCCAAAACACAUUAACUGUGAAAAGAGCAGUGACUUACCGAGAGAUGCAGUGAUGCCAUUCGGCAGGAAGGUCCGCACCUUCUAUAACAUAGAUGCUGCCAUUGUGAAGCUCGGACUGCUGCCACUGAAGAUGUGCCAUAAGGUGUGGAUUACGCUGAGCGAAUUACAAACCCUCUGUGAGGUCAACAGAGAUCCAGUCGCAGAAUACGUGAAGAAACAUUGGAAAGAAGACAGAUUCUUCGGCUGUCAGUACCUGAAUGGAUCAAACCCUGUUCUCAUCCAACAGUGCAGCGAGAUCCCAGCAAAGUUCCCCGUUACAGACGAAAUGGUCGCCCCCAUCCUGGCGAAAGGCACCACCCUCCAGCAGGAGGUCCAGAACGGCAAUAUCUUCAUUGUUGACUACGCGUUACUGAACGGAAUUGCAGCCAACACAAAGCCAAAUCAGCAAUACCUCGAAGCACCGAUGUGUCUCUUGUACCUGAAGCCAAGGAAUGAAUUAGUUCCCAUUGCAAUCCAGAUCAAACAGGAGCCGGGUCCAGAGAACCCCAUCUUCCUUCCGACGGACAGCAAAUACGACUGGCUGCUGGCCAAGGUCUGGGUUCGUCACGCUGAUACACAGGUCCACCAGCUCGUCUCACACCUGCUGAACACUCAUCUGUUUGCCGAAGUCUUCUGCAUCGCGACCCUCCGGAAGCUUCCGAGCGCACACCCCGUCUUUAAGCUUCUGAUGCCUCACCUGAAAUUCACUUUACACAUCAACACCGAAGCAAGAGGUCUCCUGAUCUCAGAGGGUGGGGUCUUUGAUCAGGCUUUUUCUACGGGAGAGACGGCCAAACUGAGAAUCCUGCAGCGUGCUCUGGCGAACACGACCUACUCAUCUCUGUGCCUCCCGGACAAUGUGGCCUCUCGAAGAGUGGACAAGAUCCCCAACUACUAUUACAGAGAUGAUGCUCUGAAGAUCUGGCACGCCAUCAACAACUUCGUGGCAAACAUCGUUGACAUUUACUACAAGAGCGAUGCAUCCGUCCAGGAGGAUGAGGAAAUUCAUGAAUGGGUAAAGGAAAUCUUCACUGAAGGAUUCCUGGCUAAACAAUCCUCAGGUUUCCCCACGUCAUUCUCCACCAAGGGCGAUCUCGUCAAGUACCUGACCAUGGUCAUAUUCACUUGUUCUGCCCAGCACUCUGCAGUGAAUGCCGGACUGUUUGACUGGGGAUCCUGUGUCCCCAACAGUCCUUCCACCAUGCAGAAACCAGCGCCCACAGAAAAGAGAAAAGUCACUGAGGAAGACAUCUUAAACACCUUGCCGAUGAAAAGUGCCUCGGUGGUGGUGCUUGCAACCAUCCAUCUGCCAGUGGACCAUCUCCCUCUGAAGAAUAAAUCUCUCUACUUCCCGCAGACGAGCUUGGGUACGUACAUGGAACAACGCUUCAUUGAACCGGAAGCUAAGGAAUGCAUCCAGAAGUUCCAGAAAGAACUCGUGUACAUCGAGAAUGAGAUAAAGAAGCGCAAUGAGGGCCUUGAGCUGAAGUGUACGUACCUUAUGCCAAGUGUCAUCGAGAACAGUGUGGCGAUAUGA